GCACACAAACACUUUACAUCAUGUUUUCUUGGGGAGAGCAGUGUGCGCACGGCUUCAGGCUCAAAGACGGAACUUACACCGCCAAACCAGAUGAGAAUGGAGUUUGUUAUUUAGACCUGGGCUCCCACAUCACUCACCUGUCCGAGGGUCUGCGCGUGCUCUCUUUUGUCAAAACCAAUGGAAAUGUCUUUAUUAUUCACACCAAUGAGAACAAGGACGGGACAAGAACCAGAGGGAAACAGAAGUGUUUGGACUUGAAGAAGAUCAGAGCCGUGAGCUGCACUGAUGACACAGUGACGCUUCUCAACAGGAAGGGACAGGUGUUCUGCUUUGACCCAAAACUUGGCAAAGGAAAUCCAAGGGUCCCGAAAAGCCUGAUUAGUGUACCAGUGUCACAAGUUUCAUGUGGAAGCCAACAUUCAAUUGCACUUACUAAAGAUGGGCAGGUGUUCACUUGGGGCCAGAACUCCAGAGGUCAGCUGGGUCUGGGAAAGUCCAGUGUGCCCUCACCUGAGCACGUGCAGCACCUGUCGGACCUGCCCCUGGUGCAAGUGGCAGCAGGAGGGGAGCACAGCUUCAGCCUCUCUCUGUCUGGAGCUGUGUUUGGAUGGGGCAACAACUCCUGUGGACAGCUGGGCCUGGGGGACACUACAGACAGGGAUAGUCCAACUGUUGUUCAUUAUUUGAACACAAAGAAAACCUGUUUGAUCUCCUGUGGACUUUCACACACUGCAGUUUUGACCAAGGAUGGAGCCGUGUUCACAUUCGGUUCAGGUCAACAUGGGCAGCUCGGACAUAACUCCUUCAGGGAUGAACUACGACCUCGACUCAUCGCAGAACUCUUAGGGGCCAAAGUUAAACAGGUGGCAUGUGGCAGACAGCACACACUGGUGAUGACAGAGUCUCAGAGGUUGUUCUCGUGUGGUUGUGGAGACCAGGGCCAGCUCGGACACAGAGGAGAGAGUCCUGCUGUCCCUAUGCCUGUGCAUCUGCCACCAGAACACAGUGAAGGAGUCAAAGUUGGCAGUAUCUUUGCUGGAGCCAACUGUUCUUUUGCGACAUGUUUUUCUGAGGACAUGCAUACAGUGUUUAACAUUGAGACAUGGAAAGAACAGCCAAGUCUUGAAGAUCUGAUUCUCAAAUGGACUUCAGGCUCUGAACCAUGGAAACAAACUAAACUAGAUAUCCAGAAGACAUUUUCCUCCCUGUCACGUUUGAACAGAAGCUUUCUUGAACACAGAAAAGACAAGCACUUACAGACAUCAGCAAAUUAUUGUGGCUUGGAUCUAUCAGCUGCUGAGAGAUCUUUUGCUAAUCUUCUCAACAAGGAAAAUGUUUUGGAGCAGGUUGAAGCUGUGGUCCUGGACUCGCUCUCCUCUCUGAACCGUACCCCAGUGGGAAUAGAGGGUUUGAGGGUCUAUCUGCUCUUCACUGAGCUCCUGGUGGUGGUCCUCAAACACAACAAGGACUCAGAACUGGCAGAGGAACUGGCUGAUGCAAUUCACAGCCUGCCACCCGAGAGCCGCAAAGUCUUAAGAGACUGGCAUGCCUCUCUGUCAUAUUCUACCAGAAAAAGACACGUGGAGGUGUGGAGGGAUGCUUUGUCUCAACUGCUCCUCUGUUUCAAUGGUUUUAAUUAUCACAAAAACCUGGUGCUCAUCCUUGAAGAGAUGUACAAUAUCAACGCUACAAAAACAGGUGAUGAAAAACUCCCAGAAACAACAUUUUGGCUAAAUCUGAGUGAAACCUUCCUCCAACACGAUGUCAGUAAUUGGCGGGUCUUAAAAGCAAAAACGUGCUUUUUCGGUGACCAAACUGCGCUUUGUAACUAUGCGUUCCUGCUGGAUCUUGAAUCUAAGAAAAAAGCGUUUGACUUGGAUUGUAACUGGACUAAGAAAGAACAUCAGGUUAACCAGCAGAAUCUUUUUCUCCCUUUUCUUGGAUGGAUUACUCAGUCUCAGCCCGAUUACUUUUAUCUCAAAUUGAAGCGGGCAUCAUUUGUAGAAGACACUUUUGAACAGCUGGCUGCUUGUUCUGAUAAAGCCUUGAAAAAGCCACUUAUGGUGCAUUUUGAUGAGGACCCCAAAAUCACAGAUGUUUACAAAAGAGAUCUGUUUCACCAUCUGUUUCGGAAGAUUAUUUCUACUGACUCUGAAAUGCUACAGUUCAAUGACUCUCAAACACUGGCUUGGUUCCCCUCCAAAAAGAUAUCAGAGAAGAAGAAAGAGCAGUUCUUUCUUUUUGGGAAGCUUUGUGGUUUGGCUUUGUACAAUCAGAGCAUUAUACACCUGCCUUUUCCUCUGGCUCUGUUUAAGAAGCUCCUCGGUGUAGAGCCGUGUCUGGACGAUCUCACUGAACUCAGCCCAAAUGUUGGAAAAAGUUUACAGUAUGUUCUGGACUUUGACUCCAACGUAGAAGAUCUGGAUAUGUAUUUUACAAUAGACUGGGAUAAAACAGAGGUUGAACUUGAUCCUUCAAAUCCUGGCAAACCAGUGACGAAUGACAAUAGGCAGGAGUUUGUGGAUGCCUAUGUGCACCAUGUGUUCACCUCGUCUGUGCGGAGUGCGUUUGAGGAGUUCAGACGUGGCUUCUUCCAGGUGUGUGAACUGUCCACACUGCAGCUGUUCACACCCGAGGAGCUGAGGGGCGUCAUGGUGGGCAGCGAAAACUAUGACUGGGCCUCCUUUAAAGAGAACACUGUCUAUGAAUGUGAAUAUCACAAAGACCACCCCAUUAUUCAGAUGUUUUGGGAAGUUUUUGAAGAACUCAGUGAGGAAGAAAAGAAAGAUUUUUUAUGGUUCGUGACUGGAUACAGACGAGCUCCUAUCUUUGGACUGGGUCAGAUUCAGAUGAAAAUCCGCCAGAAGUAUUUGCCUCAUGGUCGCGCUGAUGCACACUUCCCUGAGACGCUCACAUGUCACUCAAUCCUGGAGCUGCCUCUUUACACUUCUAACACCCUGAGAAGAAAACUGACUGAGGCCAUCCAGCCAGAGACAGGCUUCAGAACAUAAUCACUUUCUCUACUAAAUAUUGACUAAAAACGCUACCAUAAUUUAUUGUAUGAAGGGAGUGCACUUUAUAACAUAGAGUUUGUCUAUAUUUUGUAUUGUAUUAUAUUGAACAGUGAUUUUGUUUGUAAUAAUUACUAGUAUCUGUAUAAAGUUGUUCAUUGUUCGAAAUCACCA